UGUGUGUCUGUGUGUCUGUGUGUGUGUGUCUGUGUGUGUGUGUCUGUGUGUCUGUGUGUGUGUGUCUGUGUGUGUGUGUCUGUGUGUCUGUGUGUGUGUGUCUGUGUGUGUGUCUGUGUGUCUGUGUGUGUGUGUCUGUGUGUCUGUGUGUCUGUGUGUGUGUGUCUGUGUGUGUGUGUCUGUGUGUCUGUGUGUCUGUGUGUGUGUGUCUGUGUGUGUCUGUGUGUCUGUGUGUGUCUGUGUCUGUGUGUGUUUACCCCCCCCCCUCCUCUCCAGAUGUCCGUGACCGCAGGAAGAAGCCAGUGAUGCUGUUCGUCCACGGCGGUUCCUACAUGGAGGGCUCUGGGAACAUGUUCGACGCCAGUGUCCUCUCCGCCUACGGCAACGUCAUCGUGGUCACCAUGAACUACCGUCUGGGCGUGCUCGGGUUCCUGAGCACAGGGGACCAGUCCGCGAAGGGGAACUACGGCCUGCUGGACCAGAUCCAGGCGCUGCGCUGGCUCAACGAGAACAUCGGGCACUUCGGGGGCGACCCAGAGAGGAUCACCAUCUUCGGCUCUGGAGCCGGAGCGUCCUGCGUCAACCUGCUCAUCCUCUCCCACCACUCAGAGGGCCUCUUCCAGCGGGCCAUAGCCCAGAGCGGCUCCGCCAUCUCCAGCUGGUCGGUCAACUACCGGCCCCUGAUGUACACCAAGAUCCUGGCCCGCAAGGUGGCCUGCAGCUACGACGACACCACCGAGCUGGUGGAGUGCCUGCGGAGGAAGAGCUUCCGGGAGCUGGUGGACCAGGACAUCCAGCCGGCCCGCUACCACAUCGCCUUCGGGCCCGUGGUGGACGGUGACGUGGUGCCGGACGACCCGGAGAUCCUCAUGCAGCAGGGGGAGUUCCUGAACUAUGACAUCCUGCUGGGCGUGAACCAGGGGGAGGGGCUUAAGUUUGUGGACGACAGCGAAGGGGAGGAUGGGAUCUCGGCGGCGUCGUUCGACUACACCAUCUCUAACUUCGUGGACAACCUGUACGGCUACCCUGACGGUAAGGACAUCCUGAGGGAGACCAUCAAGUUCAUGUACACGGACUGGGCGGACCGCGACAAUGCCGACAUGCGCAGGAAGACCCUCCUCGCCCUGUUCACCGACCACCAGUGGGUGGCGCCGGCGGUGGCCACGGCCAAGCUGCACGCCGAGUUCCAGUCGCCCGUCUACUUUUACACCUUCCACCACCACUGCCAGACAGAGACGAGGCCCGAGUGGGCGGACGCGGCGCACGGCGACGAGAUCCCCUACGUGUUCGGCGUGCCCAUGAUCGGCGCCACCGAGCUGUUCCCCUGCAACUUCUCCAAGAACGACGUGAUGCUCAGCGCCGUGGUGAUGACAUACUGGACCAACUUCGCCAAGAGCGGGGACCCUAACUUACCGGUCCCCCAGGACACUAAGUUCAUCCACACCAAGCCCAACCGCUUCGAGGAGGUCAUCUGGACCAAGUUCAGCUCCAAGGACAAGCAGUACCUCCACAUCGGCCUGAAGCCUCGCGUCCGCGACAACUACCGGGCCAACAAGGUGGCCUUCUGGCUGGAGCUGGUUCCUCACCUGCACUCCCUCCACGAGGAGAUCAGGGGCACCAUCACCACCCGCCUGCCACCGGGGGGCUCCCGGGGCCCCCCCAGGAAGGGCCCGCCCUCGGGGACGCGCUCCACCCGCCACCCCAUCGUGGCCACCUACCCUCCGGACCCGGAGCCAUACGGCUCGGAGCGCCCUCGCAUCCCGCCCUUCCCCGGGGAGAUCCCGCGGGACUACUCGACGGAGCUGAGCGUGACGGUGGCGGUGGGCGCCUCGCUGCUCUUCCUCAACGUCCUCGCCUUCGCCGCGCUCUACUACAAGCGGGACAAACGCCACGAGCUUCUCCAGAGACGCCACCGGCGCCUGUCCCCGCAGCGAGGCACCGCCAUGGGCAUGGGCGCGGGCGUGGUGGGGGGCCCGCCCCACAACGACCUGGCCCUGAGCCAGGAAGAGGAGCUCAUGUCCCUGCAGAUGAAGCAGCAGAGGGCGGAGCUGGAGCACGGCACGCCCCUCCCCCCCCGCGGUCUCCACGGCGACCUGGAGCCCAUGCGCCCGCCCGUGUGCCCGCCUGACUACACGCUGGCGCUGCGCCGGGCGCCCGAGGACGUGCCCCUGAUGACGGGCAACACCAUCACCAUGAUCCCCAGCACCAUCUGCGGCAUGCAGCCCCUCCACCCCUUCAACACCUACCCCCCCGCCCCCGCCCCCUCCACCACCCCCACCCCAGGUCACAGCAACAACGCCCUGCCGCACCAACACUCCACCACACGGGUAUAGGACAAGGCACAAUCUGGGGCCCACUGCGGUGACACCAAUCACAAACUGACCCUCUCCUCCCUUGCCCUUUCCGUCCUCUCCUUCCUCCUCCUCUCCUCCUCCUCCUCUCUCUUUCUCCCUCUCUGGGACCACCCUCUCCCUUUCUCUCUCUCUCUCUCCAGCCUCCCUGUCCUGUCUGUGGGGCUGGGUUCCCUCCUGUAGAGAUCCAUGGCUCAGCCUAACACGGCCUGUCAGCUGGGACAAAGACUCCCCAUGGAAACACACGCACCCUCCAUCCCUUUCCCACGUGUCCGAACGAUCAGUUUGUUUCUCUGUCCUCCUCCCAUCACAUUGUCUCGUUCCUUCUCUCUCUCUCUUUCUCUCUCUCUCUCCAUCGCUCGCCCGUGUCUCCUCUCUUCGCCUCCCACACAUUUUUCUCUCGUCAUCUGUUCUCGUUUCUCUCCUUCACAACGUCGACACGAUCCCUUCUUUCUCACCUCGGUUCUGCUUUCUCUUGCGAAGCCCCCCCUUUCAGGACUCUAUGUUUUCCUCGCUGGAGUCUUUUAUACGAGACGCGUUCGUGUAAAUGAUGUAUUAUUGAUAAAUUGUAAGGACAUGAAUGAGAAAAAAAAGGUGAUAUUCUGAUAUCGUUUUUACCAGCAUUCUUGGUGCCAAGUACUGUGACACCCUUCUCCCUCGGGUUUGGGUUGGCCUUCUUAAGAGAGCCAACCAGACUGUAUCUCACACAAGGAAUUACCAUCAUAAAAAAGUGCCAAACCUUUCAUCUCUUCUUUGAUCUCACACUUCUUUUUUUCCUUUAGUUUCUUAAGCUUUUUCUUCUUCUUCUUCUGUGUUUUUUUUUUGUUUUUUGUUGUUCUUCUUCUUCUUCUUGCAUUCAGUGUUGCACUUUGGCUGGUCUUGAAUUAAGGGAGAGCAGAUUAGUUCCAUUCUUGUAAAAAACAAAACAACAAAAAAACUGUAUAAGAGAAUAUUAAGAUUUUCAACUAGUUUGCUGUCUGGGAUAUUUGCAUGAUUUUUUUAAGGAGUCUUGUUUAGUUGGUCUCAUUUUGAUUUUAAUGUUUUGCCUUGUCUUCUUACUGCAGUCUGGUUUUUCUUGAAAAGUAUUAUAUUUUCUUUUUUUUCUUUCUUUUAAUUUAUAUUUUUUAACAUCAGCUGAACUUUGUGCACUUCAUGAAGAAAACGAUAUUUUACUCUUGACGACACGUCAGACAGAGAGCGAUUCAGACUCUGUUUAUGAUUAGGACGAGGGGAAUAAACAUGUACAUUUUAAUUUUUCAUUUCUUUAUCACUGAGGCAGUGUAUGAUGAGCAUCUAGGUGCCUGCCUGUCCUUCUCUCCUCAGUUCAUCACCCAGCUUUCCCUCCUGGUUUCAGCAGUGAACUCUGCAUUCAUUGUCUUACUGUCUCACCAGAAGAUUGUCUUUGUUUAUCACAAAAAACGACAAACAUGGCUGGACUGUACCAAAUCAUCAACUCGCUAAACUCAUCCACUGUAGCACGUUUUUUUUACCCGCUUCAUGAAAAGGGACAUUCUCGCCAUGAAUUGUCUCAGUGAUAAAAAAAAAAUGGAAAAACGAUUUUACGUUCUCUCUCUCUAGCCCUCCCUGAGAUCAGGGUCAUGUUCUUGAACAGUUACAUUCACAUUUCCGCACUGUCGUGUCUCUUCCUUGAUGGACUGCGCCUAGCGCUUCAGGGUUCCCGGACACGAGGCGAGACUCGGCUUUCUCAUCUCCUUUUUUUUCGAGACAUUGGCUGUUUAUCAAUCCGAGGAACGCUCAGAACGUACUUGCUUUAUUGAGAAGAACGUUCUUGCCAAGCGUCCUUGCGAGAACGGUCUUGCAAGACCGCGAGGAUGGAGAACGAUUUGAGAUGCGUGUGUUCUUGCAAUGACUUCUGGGAAAUCAGAUGCAUUCUCGCAGGCCAAGUCACCAACCGAUGCAUCCUCGUUCUUUGGAUUGGAACCGUAUACUUGGGCAAUGAAAGAUGACGCCAAACGAGUUCGCAAGAACACAAGAACGGAAAAAACGUGGAUUGAUAAACAGCCUCCCUUUAAUUUCCAGGGAGGAGGGGGGAGGGGGGAAAGUAGCUCAAUAAGAGGGAAGGAGUCAGCAGACUGGCAGGGACCAGAGGUGAGGAAGUUCUCACCUUCCAGAUCUUUCCCACCACACAACAAACACAGGGACUCGUCGGACUCUGGAUAUUCAUGAAAAAAAACAACAACAACACUGUUACAAAGUGGACAGUUAGACGAUGUGGGGGCAGGGUUGACCAUCGAACGGGCGUGAAUAGAGAGACUCGAGGCAUCCCCCUCAAAGCUCCAACACGCAUCCUACCAACAGACGAUGCGCUUGAAAAAGUGAGUAGUAAAACAUGAUCAAUAUUAGUUAUUUACAGUAUUGUGUGAAACACACUAACAAGGCCGACAGGAAAUACAGCCCCUCUACUUCCUGUCUACGUCUGGGUUGCUCCUGCUCUGGGUCCAGAAGACCAGAGCGAGAGCGAGAGAGAGACAGAGAGAGAGAGAGAGAGAGAGAGAGAGAGAGAGAGAGAGAGAGAGAGAGAGAGAGAGAGAGAGAGAGAGAGAGAGAGAGAGAGAGAGAGAGAGAGAGAGAGAGAGGAGAGGAGACGAGACGAGACGAAAAGAGAGGAAGAGAAGAGAAAAUAACACGCGCAAAACAAAACUGUACAUUUUUUAAACGUGUAAGAGAACCAACUGGUGUUUGUAAAUAUUAUGUUUAUGGUUUGGUUUCUGAGUGAAUGGUCAAAUCUUUCCUUUCUGACAACAGGUGCAAGUCCAGACGGAUCUUUUUAGCACUUCUCUGUAAGUUGAUGUAUGAUUCUCUUUCGUUACUUAGAUUUCAAGGUCAAAGUGCAACAAUUUACGGGCACGUAUGAUACACAUCAGAUAUACAUGAAUGAUUUGUGAAUGAAAAAUACAUCUGAAAUCCUAGCAUGGUUGAGUAUGUUUCCGGCUCAGGACUGGCAGGCUGUUGCAGGAGGCAACACAAGGUUCGGAGACACGAAAAGAAGAACGUGCCCUUUUGGGAAUCACCACAUUAAUCAUGGAGACAGCUUAUGUCUGAAAUAACACGAAUCCAAGACAAGUCCUUAGCGUUGGUUAGCUAGCCAAAGAUAGGAGCUGCAUUAGUAGCAGAGAAGGAGGGAAGAUCGGGUGAGGAAAACAGAGAUGGAGACGAAACGUGGAUUGAAUUACUCUCGAUCGCGUCCACAAAACAGGGAAAUCGAGAGAGGUUUGGCGAAGAUGUUGGUUUUUAAUGACACUCUGAAUCCACAUACAGUAGUACCCAUAUCUUAGAGCAGGUACAAUAUGUUGUCAACUCUUUUGUACUCCUUAGUAUCGUUUCUGAUUCAGAUGGUCGUGGUUGCUUUUGCUAUCCUUUAUGAAUCGUCCGCCAUGCACACUAUGUUCAAUUCAUUUUCUGGGAAUAUAUAUUUGUUCACUUUAGCUGUCCAUUCUAGGUUUCCCAGGUUUCCAAAAAGAAAAAAAACAUUAAAAGACAGUAUUUUUAUAAUAUAUAUGUAUAUAUAUAUUAGCUGACAGACAAAAAGAAACAGGGGCCUUGGCAGCCAACAGACUCUGUAAGCACACUCUCGCCCUGUUUAUCAGGUCACACUACUGUCUGAUUCUGGCUCAGCGACGAUGCAAAUCUACUUAUCGACUCCUUACCAACGGAUUGCGCCCCCCCCCCC